CAGAGGCAAGCAAGUGAAAGAGAUCCUUUGUUGGGAGGAUCAUCAGCACCAAUAGCUAAUGGACAAAGACCUGUGUAAGUUGAUUUAGUUUUUUCUAUAAAAUUGAAGAACAGGGCUGUCACUAAAAGCUUCUCCCUGGCUACUUUGAGCGUUACCCUAAGCUACUUUCACAGAAAACAAAAAGGAAAAUAGACCAAAAGAACGUCCUUGCUGUUCAUUUCCCCAUCUACCAGUUGUAUACACCUGACAACUUGAAAUCUUAGUGACAGCCUUAAAGAAACUGCAAGUAGAAAAUAGAAUAACAUGUUAACCUGUUGAUCAGUCCAUAGUUGGUGUACCAGCUUGUCGUGUUGGCAAAACGUCAGGGCUCAAAAUAACGGCGGGUCAACAGACAAUGUCCGGCCAACAUGACCAUUUGUCCGGACAAACUUUCAGUUGGCCGGUCAAUUGCAGGGCUUUCAAAUACAUAACUGUAAAAAUAAAAUUAUUCACAUUAAUUCUGAACAUUAAAAAAACAGUUCAGUCAUAAAAUAUUUUAGCUGCUUGCAGUUAUAGAUUCAGAGAAUACAUACGGGAUAGUCUCAUUCUGCGGCUCUGUGAAUGCCAGUUAGCGGUUUUCUCAACAUUUUGACCUGUUACAAACAAGGCAUGACCUUGCUAAAACCUGUUUGGCCAGUCAACAUGACCGGCCACUGCCCAAAAUGAUUUUGAGUCCCAAAACAUGUAUUAAUUUAUAUCUGUCAGGGCUGUGCUCUAGCAGAGCCCGGUGGCCUGUGGCACCUAACUUUUGCCCUCGGGCGACAAGAAAAUCUCAGAUUUUUUAUACAAAUCAUAUGCUGGGCACCCUAGAUUUUACAGCUUCAGAGCACUGGGCUCCCUUCAAUUUUCCUUAGACCACAGCCUUGUCUGUAGAUCAUAUAUUUUUUGGCAUAUUACUGAUUAUAACGAUGAUGUUGCCAGUAAACAAAUGUGACUGUCUUAAUAAUAAUAUAAUAUUAUUAUUAUCUAAUGUUGAUGUUGCUGUACUGUAUUUGCUUUGCAGAGACGAUAUUCAUAAUUCCAGCACAGGCCCUAUAUCCAAGACAGAUGAACAGGCUCUACUCAGUAGAAUACUUCAUCAGACAGCACAGUAUGUUACCAGACUGAACACUAAAAUUUACCACCUAGGAAAAAUAUUGUUUGAACUUUUGGAAUUGACCAAAGUUUUUGAAAACAAAGUCAAAUUCCCAACCUCUGAACAAUGAAUCUGUUGUACUUUUUGUUGCAUGAUCGAAUUGGCAUGACUCUCAGUUGUGUGUGAGAAAAUUAAAUUCAGGCUAAAAUGGUUUCAUCCUAAGUUGAUUCUCAAUUUGCUUUAUAUCCUAAUUUUUUUUUAGGAUCAUAGAUAGUAAGGGCUAGGAAAAUUGACCCAGGCUGAAACCAUUUUAACCUUUGAACUUUUUUUGACCUACAACAAAUCCUCAAGUUACUCUCCUCAGAGUGUUCUUUAUUCUUUUUUUGUCACUCAAAGAGUUAGAAAACUGAAGAAGGCUGAAGUCUCCAACAAGGGGUCAAAGAAAUAUAAUAAAUAGUAUCACGUUACAAAAUAAAACUUGCAAACAACUGCUGUUGCAAAUUCUAAGUUGCAUUGUACACAAUUGUCCCUCGUUCUUUUUCAAUACAGCGACGUUAUAGAUGUCUCCUCAAUUGAACCUCACAGUAUAGAAAGAACAGAGUACAUGGAAAGAUCAAGACAAUACAUGUAAGUUUUGGAUAGUCACAGUUUGGACAUCAUCUAGUCAAUUAUUUUUAGUUUUGCGUAGAUGUCCUGUUUCUCUUAUCAUCAAAGUAAUACUGGUAAAUAUCAUUGAUUUCUUAGGGCCAAGCUAUCAGGUGUUAAUAAUUCCAACAUUCAAAGUGCUACUGAACUUCCAGCUGGAGUUAAGGUCCCACAGUUAGUUCUUGCAAGUGAACCUGUUCCACAAUCAGAUGUAGCCUUUGUAAGUAUUGUUCUGGUCUGUACAGUAUCUAAACAUACCUGUUGUAGGAAUGAAUGGUAUUGAUUCCCAGAAAUGAAGCAGCUCUUCAGCCAUAUGUUUUGCAUAUGUGGGGCUUAUCUACCGAGGGAAAUUUGCUUUUCAAAAUCGAUUGAGCUAGCCUUAUAGUUGAAAGGAAAUUUACCCUUUUUGCUUUCUUUUGAAUUUGAGGGCAAUUUCCAAGUACAGGCCCGGGAGGGGGGGGGGGGGCUUAUAUUUGGAGGGGCAAUUUAACAGAGGGUUUUUUGCGUUAUGAGUUUGGGGGCUUAUAUUUGAAGGGGCUUAUACAUGGAAGGGCUUAUUUUCGGAAUUUUACGGUACAAUACGGGGUUGUCGCUAAAUACAACAAGUGGGCGGGGAAUCAAACACCGAGGGGUUUCUUUUGGUUCAAGUUUUCUUCUGUUUUCCAACAAAAGUAGCCCAGGGCCACACUCAUAGUAGGCGGGGGAAGGCCCCCGGCUCUUAAUGACAGCCCUGUGAUAGUUUGUGACUGGGGAUGCAGAAAAGUGUCCAUUGUCCUUAUUAAGCAGUGUUUGUGUCCAUAGAGUGGUCAGGGAUCCACUGUAUUCACUCAAUGUAACUCUUGUGAAUGAAUUCUCAUUUUCAGGUGAUAAGAGCUGCAAAAGGAGCAGAUGCAUCUCUAUCCGGCUUCCAUGUUGAACCCAGAGAUGCAUUGGUGGUAGAGUUUGAAUCAUCAUAGUCUUAAUCCUAAGAAGUAGCCGAUAUUCAAAUAUUUAUUAAAAUUCCAACUAUAUAAUGCAUUCCAUGCUAGUAAUGAAAAUGAGUUUCACAGUGAACUUCCUACCAUGGAAAUUGUGACCAGUGAAAGUUAAGAAAAGGGGGAAACUUCUUUGUUUUUGUUUUCCCCAUUUCCGUAAUUUUUUGAAGGCGGAUGGAUUCCAAAGAUAGAUUUAAAGGGGCUGUGUCACGAAAUUUAUCAAAAUUCAAACAGUGAAAUCUGUUACUAAAUUGAGUGAAACAUGAAAAUAACUGCUCAAAGCAUUAAAAGAAGGUAUUAACAACGCAGAAAAUACAAAAGUAGGCGUGGAUGGACAAACUUGAAGAAGAUUGAAACCGAUUGCAAUUGUGGUUUUGAAAACUUGUUAUCCUGACAGUUUUUUAACGUUCAUUUUUGUUGUUUUUAACGUUUGAUAUAAUGCUUGGGUGACAAUUUGUUUGACACGAAACUGUGGUUUUGUCAUUCACAAGUAAUUUCUCAAGUUCCUUGGCAAGCAAGGACGUGUAAUUGGCAUCAUAAACAAAAUGAAAUAAUAAGCCGUGACACAGCCCCCUUUAGUGAAGAGGCACAAUCAACAGCCAUAGCUCUUGCUUCACCAAAGUCUGCAAGCUUUAGCUAGUCCAGUCUGAAAUGUCAUGUGUCUCCCCCCCCCCCUAACCCGUGGGGGUGGGGGAAGAGAGACCGUGCCCCCCACGGGUGAGGGGGUGAAGACGUAUGACAUUUCAGACUAUAGCCGGUCAAAAAUCCCCGCCCGUGUCACCGUUCGAAAUUCUUGAAAGUGAUCCUUAAGUAUCAUACGUGCAAUGUGGUAAACAUUUGUGUACAUCUUCGGUAAUGAAAUUACGUAAAAGAAUGGCUCAAAGUAAUUUUUUUUAAUUAAACUUAAAAAGAGAAGAAAAAAAAAGAAACGAAAGAUGGUCAAUAAGCAAUUCGACUUAAGAUACUUUACGAGAGUCUUAGGUAUAAGCUAGUGUAGAUGAUAAUUUGAAUGCGACAGAAAAAAUUACCAAAAAAAACCACAAGAUUAGGGGCCUGUGGUUCUUCUGGAAAACCCUUUCCCAGGGUGCUCCUACGUUGAGGAUGGCAAGACUGAGCUGGAAUUUCACAGCUUUAUUUCGUCGUGUCUCCUAACAAAUAACUCACUUAGAAAUAAAGUCGGUUCUCUAUCGGCGUCAGGUGACAAAAUUCUCUGAAAUUUUGGGAAUAUGCGGUAGGCCUUUACAGCGGUUUCGUCACAUCAACGGUGGAUACAUCUUACAUGAUUCUCAUCACCAUCCUAACGCGGAGAAGGGACUGGGAAGGAGGUUUUUAUUUCACCUUGCAAAGUUAAAUAUUUAAUUGAGAAAAAAAUCGCGGACUUAAUUGUAGUCUAGAGCCUAAUACCAAUUGAGAUUGCGUUGAAUCCUGAACAUGGAAAUGCUGGGCGUAAUGAGGCGUAGAUGACACUUGUAGGUUUUGUUUUAACUCUUGCCAUUCAGGUUACUCUAGUAGAGUGUAUAAAUGACUUCAGUAUUUGUAUUGCCUUUCAAAGAUUAUUUGUAAUAAAAAUGACGAGAUGAAUGCUUCUCAGUUGUUAACAAUCCCUCGUUUUGUGGGUCAAAAUGAACUAUUAAAAUACUGGAUAAAAGAAUGGGCGAAAUUAAACGAAGCGGGCUUUAAAAAGUCUUCUUCUAUGUUAAGCCAAGUUUUGUUGCGUGUUUCUGUUUGUCUGAUUUGCAGAGGAAACAAAUAGUGGAUUGAAGUCUGGGAAUUCACAAGAAAAUCUUCUUUUCCUUUUUGUCCUUCUUUCAUCCCGGAAAUGCGAACAUGACUAAUUCGUUUCCUGUCUUUAUUCCGCGCAAGUGGACUGCAAAUAAGAGUCACGAGUGGUUAUACAGUAUAGGGACGAAUGAAAAAGUUUCAUCCUUCCCCCUUAUUUAAUUCCAUUCCCUCAGUAUCCCUGCAUCCAAAUUUUUUUUUGUGAAAGUUGUGUUGAUGCUCGAUAGCCCACGAAUGCAAAACACCUUACUACCACUUAAAUUUUAUUUAUGAUUUUGCUGCACAUGCAUAUGCACAUGUAUAUCGUGACACCUCAUUUUUCUGCAAAAGUGAGCAAAUUUCUGUUAUAUACGGGGACUGCACUUUUAGGUGAAUUGGAUAUUUCAUUGCAAAUGGAUACAUUUUGUUGGAAAACCUAGAGAAUGUUUCCCGCAUAUGAUGACACCGAAAAUACAAAAAUUCUCGUUGCCAUUAUUCUUCAACGACGAUGACAUCACAACUAACACUUUGAGCAGAUGAGAAGUUUAUGAUCCAAAUUUUGGCGAAAGCCCACUGUUUCUUUUCAGUUUGAAUGAAACGAUUAAAGCUGCACGAAGCCGUUUAUAAUCGGAUUGAAUUUUUGAUUAAUAAGUCCAUUGUUCAAGAAACAUUUUAAAGAAAGGAAAGAUUUCUUAUCGGUGGAAUGUGCUCAAGUGCGAAAAACUCGAAUUUAGAACGAGGCUGACAAAAGUCUUGUGACUCAUAGAUGUGGUUUUGUUGAAUGUUGUUCUGAUUUAGUUGAUUUUGACCCCGUCAAUCAAACAGCAAUUUCGGAUGAAAAGAAAAACAACAAUGCAAAGCUCUCCAAGACAUGCGGCCAAGAAAACUCCCAAGCGUUCAUCUCAACACGAAUUUUUCUCACCGAAGACAAGUCCAGCACUGGAACAAGCGGCUUCGCUUUCAACGCCGCAUGGCGACUCGCCUGGAAAGAGCCCAAGUUCUGCCAAAAGAUUGAAGAGUUUCUUUCAGGAUUUGCAACGUGAAUCUCGACAUGCUCUUACCAACAAGAGAGCCAAGAUUGCACAGUUAUGGGAAGGGAGAAGAUGGCGACGUGCGAGCUUAGAAGAAGUGGAACCGUUCGCCGAAAUGGAAGAAAGGGAACUGUCUAGUUAUGGAGCAACAGAGCCUAAAGAAUAUAAUUAUAACCACGAGGAAAAUGAUUCCGAUCAUCAAGGCAUGAGUAAAGUACAAAAAGAGUUGCGACUUGUCGAAAAUCGGUGUUGA